AUGGGGGUCCGUGCCCUUGCUUACACCACCCAAGAUGGAUGUCCACGGGAACUCGGCGCUGAAGGCGUGCGGGCUCGCGUACCACCUACCUUCAACACUACGGAUCAUGGCCACCAUCAUGGCGGAGCAUGGCCGGCGCCACCCGUUGGCUUCUACUUCAAGCCGUGGUCGAUGAUCCUUGCGUCGAAUCCUCAGUACGCUGCUAUGCGGAAUGUGCAAUACGACCCGACGCCGAUCGAUCCCUCGGACCCUACCGGACCUGUGAAUGAUCUCUUCUCGUUCCAGUUCCCAGGCAAUGACAGCAUCAUAACAACCUAUGGUGUCGAUACACCUCACCCCUACUUCCCCGCUGUGCUCGACUACGCAGGAACAGGAAUACUAGUGGGCGCUACUAGCCAGUACAGCAUUCUAGUCUGGGGAUGCGAUAUUGACAAAGUUCCGUACUAUGCCAGCUAUUCUACAGCAGUGAACUUCACAGACACGCCCGCAGGUAUCGACUUGAUGAGUACGAGCGAUCAAGGGCCUGACCAGGAUACCAUCGAUGCUGUUAUUGAGGCGUUGAAGAAGCUGGGCAGCGACGAGAUUACAAAGUACGUUGAGGCGUUGGAGAGGAUGGUGCAGGAUGGCGGGAGAAGGGACAUGCCCAGAGUAGGUAUAUGUGAUAUGUUGAAAGAUACAAGCUGA